CCUCUCCAGUGGACGAUGGCGCGCGGCGGCCACGAUCGAAGCCUGGGGCUCGGCCUGGCGCUGCUGCUGGCAUUGGCGCUGGCGCCCGGGACCCUGCGAGCCAAGCCCACGGUGCGCAAGGAGCGCGUGGUGCGGCCCGACUCGGAGCUGGGCGAGCGGCCGCCGGAGGACAACCAGAGCUUCCAGUACGACCACGAGGCCUUCCUGGGCAAGGAGGACUCCAAGACCUUCGAUCAGCUCACACCGAGCGAAAGUCAGGAGAGGCUGGGGAAGAUUGUGGAUAGAAUCGACAGUGAUGGGGAUGGCUUUGUUACCACGGAGGAGCUGAGAACUUGGAUCAAACGGGUGCAGAAGAGAUACAUCUACGAUAGUGUCGCCAAAGUCUGGAAGGAUUAUGAUCGAGACAAAGAUGACAAAAUAUCCUGGGAAGAAUACAAACAGGCCACAUAUGGUUACUACUUAGGAAACCCGGAAGAAUUUCAAGACAGUUCAGAUCAUCACACCUUUAAGAAGAUGCUGCCCCGUGACGAGAGACGGUUCAAGGCCGCAGACCUCAAUGGUGACAAUACGGCCACUCGGGAGGAGUUCACGGCCUUCCUGCACCCUGAGGAGUUUGAGCAUAUGAAGGAAAUUGUGGUUCUGGAAACUCUGGAAGACAUUGACAAGAACGAGGAUGGCUUCGUGGAUCAGGAUGAGUACAUUGCUGAUAUGUUUUCACAUGAGGACAAUGGCCCUGAGCCAGACUGGGUUUUGUCCGAAAGGGAGCAGUUUAAUGAAUUCCGAGAUCUGAACAAGGAUGGAAAGUUGGACAAAGAUGAGAUUCGCCACUGGAUCCUCCCUCAAGAUUAUGACCACGCGCAGGCGGAGGCCAGGCACUUGGUGUAUGAGUCCGACAAAAACAAGGACGAGAAGCUAACGAAAGAGGAAAUCUUGGAGAACUGGAACAUGUUUGUUGGCAGCCAGGCUACUAAUUAUGGGGAAGAUCUCACAAAAAAUCAUGAUGAACUUUGA